GUUGGAAAUUUUGCUACCAGGCGGGUUCGGUUUUUCCAAAACCCGGCCCGUACCUGCCUCAUGGCCAUCCCUAUAAGUGAGCUUGUAUUAUGUAUUUAUUUUUGUUAUUUACAAAAUUCAUAAAAAAAUCAUAACUAAAAUCUUCUGCUAUUUAUUUUCCACAUCUGGGAGUACGUGUUCAAAAAAAUCACCUCUAGAUUCUCUCUCUCUCUCCUCUCUCUUCUCUCUCAUCCGAAAUGAUGACGAGAGAGACUGCAAUUUCGCCGGGAAAAUGGAUCUCAAUGAUUUCGGAGACUUCGAUUUGCGUUGCCAGUGCAGUUGUCUUCUUCAUGCUAGAUAUUCUCGACGUAAUCAUGUGCGUAUUCUUCAGAUUUUUCGAUGAAUUCGUCGAAGGAAAAUCCUCCUCAUGCUACUGCGUAGGAACCGGAAAGGGGGAAAAUCCUGCCGGAGUUGAUGGCGAGAUUGAGCUGUCGGAGAGCCUUAAUCGAAGGAAAAACGUGUUUAGGAAGAUGCGAUUUUUGAUAACCCCCAAAAUUCGGAGUGGAGAAUCGCCAUUUUAUGUGGGGAAGACGAAGAUGAGAAACAGGUGGUCUGACUGUGGGUGCGAAGCUUGUGUUAAUUGGAUGAACAAUGAAACCGAUUCCAGGCUUCAUCUUCUUGUCAACGAACCAGAAAGAGAGAAGAAUUCCCCAGAAACCACUGUGCAAAAUGUAGUAUUCAUACACGGUUUUCUUUCGUCUUCGUUGUUUUGGGAAGAAACCGUGUUCCCUAAUCUGUCCGAAAAUGCGAAGCAAAACUACAGAUUAUUCGCAGUAGACUUAUUUGGAUUUGGAAAAAGUCCAAAGCCAAGUGAUUCUUUCUAUACGCUAACGGACCAUAUAGAAAUGCUCGAGAAGUCGGUUAUUCUUCCGUUUAAAAUGAAUUCAUUUCACUUAGUUGCACACUCCAUGGGUUGUGUGAUUGCACUAGCAUUAGCAGCCAAGUAUUCGGACUCCGUUAAAUCCAUCACUCUGGUAGCUCCACCGUAUUUCUCUUCUUCGAAAGAAGCACUAACAAGACUCGUUAGAAGACGAGUGUGGCCCCCAAUGCUCUUUGCUUCAGCUCUAAUGUCGUGGUACGAGCAUUUGGGCAGAUGCGUGUGCUUCUUCAUAUGCAGGCACCACAGGGCAUGGGAGUCGAUUUUUAGGCUACUCGCGAGGAAAAGGGAUCUUCAUUUUACAAUGAUAGAUUUGACUCGUCACACUCAUCACUCGGCAUGGCACACGAUGCAUAAUGUUGUUUGCGGUGGAGCGAAAUUCUUGGAUACAUACUUGGAAGUUUUGAGGGGUGAUGGAGUGAAGAUUCAUGUGGUUCAAGGGAGUAAUGAUCAAGUGGUGCCUGUCGAAUGUAGCUUCAAUAUGAAGAUGAAGGAUGCUGACGUGGAUAUUGAUAUUAUACGUAAUGCUGAUCAUAGUAGUGUUAUUUUAGGUAGAGCAGAGAAUUUUACCAGGAAUUUAGAGAGAUUAUGGGCAUCAAUUGAUGAUUAGCAGAAGCUUGUAGAUAUCAGUAAAGAAGAAAUACAAAAGUAAGUCAAACUAUUUGUCCUAAUAUAAGUUAGAUGCAUUUGAAGAUAUAUGUUGAUUUUUUUUUCUUU